UUGUAUGACCCAUCUUCAUCUAGGUUUUCAGGCCCAAUUGGGAAUCAGUUUCAGACUUCGGUCUACUUGCCCUUUAGGAAGAGACUGAACAGUAAAUCCUGCCCCUUCGAUUUUUGUUUGAUCCUCACCACCCAUUCAAACUAUAAAACCGCAUUUUUUUUCCCUUUUUUUUUUUUUUUUAAUUUUUCUUGUCCGCCGUCACCCACUUGCAACGCUCUUCUUCACCCUUUAUUCUUUCUUUUGAUUUUUUGCUAGUUUUCUUUCCUCCAGCGUCAGCUCCUGGCCGCCCCUCCACCUCUCUCUCUCAUUUCUCACUUCCUCACCAUCACACCUCCCGUCGCCGCCUCUCAGUCCACCCUCAGCGUCCUCGUCGCUGCGUGGCGGUGAACGUGUGUAGAAAAUCACCAUCAAUCAUCAAAAUGGGUGCACUUUGGGGUUGGACCGAUCGGGCUCAAUUCGAUAAAUGACAAUACCCAAGCCCGGUACUUUCUAUUGGCAAUGAAAGAUAAAUAAACAGCUCCUUCAAAGUAAAUAUUUCAGUUUUCUUCUCUGCUUCAUUUUUCUUGAAUGAUCAUUUCUGGCAACAAGCCUUAGGGAAGGGCAGAUUAUAACAUCUAAAGAAUCUAUAAUAUUACAUAUCCAAUCGAGUGUGGUUUAAUGACAAACUUGAAUUGUUCUAUCACCCAUAUCAAUAUACAAAUUAGUUCAAGUAAUACAGCUUUGCCAUCUUCUAAAUCUAACUGCCAUUAAAUUAUUGUGGAACCUGAUUCUCUCUCUCUCUUUCUGUCUAUCUAUCUAUAUAUAUAGUGCCCACUGGAUCUAUGCUAUUCUCUAAUGGAAGUCAUUCGACCCGGAGUGGGAGUGAACCCCUCCUGGUUGGGAUAGCCACAAAGGAGUCCCCAAUCACUCUCUUUCUCUCUCUCAAUCUUCAGACCCUUUUCUUGUUCCCCUCAAAUCUCGGUCUCUCCCUACAUCUCGCUGGCCCCUAUCGCUCUCAUCAUCUUAGGUUAGUCAAUCUCACUGACAGUAAAGGGCUUCGAAAAUUCGUUAAGGCAUAUUGAACUUUGCUUCGAUUAUUCCUUUUUAUCAAUCUUUGAUUUGGUUGCCGGGAAAGAUGAAGAAUGGAAGAGCAGAUUAACGAUUUUUUGUUUUAUUUUUUCCUCCUUUUUCUAUCUUUUGGUUUUUGGGGGUUUUGGUUACUGAAAAAAUUGGGGAUCUUUGUUUGGCCCUCUUGAAAGUAGAGGAAAGGAAGAGAAUAAAUUUGAUUUUUUAUUGCAUUUUUCUUUUUUGAUGUUUUGGUUGCUGAAGAAGUGGGGGAUUUUUGUUUGGUUGCCCAGAAAGUGAGAGAAAAAAGAUUUUUUUUUUAACUUCUUCAUUUUUGUGUUAUUUUGACUGCUGAGAAACUGGAAAUUCUGUUUGGUUGCUGGACAAAUGCAGGGAAGGAGGAGAAAAGAUUUUGUUUUUUCUUUUAAAUUUCAGGUUUUGUGUUGUUCUGGUUGCUGAGAAAGUGGAGGGAAAUGCUGGAAGAGGAUGAAUUUUCCUGUUUUCCACUUUUUCCAUAUUAUGAUAGAUUUGAAUCAUCAAUUAUCUUUCUAUACGUCUUUGCACAUGUGCUUCUGUGCUACAGGUUUCUGAACUAACUUUAUACAUGCACAGUUCUUGUUGUUUUACCCAAUGGUUGUUUUUGAGACAAUUUAGAAAGAGCAAAUCAUAGGAAGCCUCCUUAAUUUUGUUGGUGUUUCUUUCAUUUAUUACUAUGCCAGUGUUUGUGUGGAAUUGACAGUUCUUACAUGGUGGUCUAUAUUGAUUAUUAAGCAUGGAAACAUCUCGUUGGAGUUAGUGUCUGCAUCUUGUUUUUAGGUUGUUUGAGCAUCUUGCAUUGUCUAUGCUUUAGUGGUACAGAAUGUGUCACAAGAUGUUUGUUGAGCUGCAUUUUAUUUUUAACAGUCAUCAAAUGAACUUGAGGCUUUGAGAUUGAAGUUGGUAUGUGAAUUUUCCACCUCAAGGACUUGUAAACAAGUUAACAGGAUUUUAGUGAAAAUAAAGAAUAGUGCUAUAUCCUAUGUUAACCAGCCUCCCAUUUCUCAGUUUGUAACAAUUUGGCAUUCUUCUUGUUUAAUUUUAAUGCACAUCGAUAUAUUUGUAAUGGCAAAUUUGGUCCUCAACAUAAGAUGAUAUGCCAGCAACAAGCUCUGGUCAGGUGCUGAAAAUUCAGGUGUAGGAGCCUGCUUUAGACAACAGUGUGGUGGUAGCCAUACAUCCUCAACCUUCUAAGUCAGUAAUGUGUAGGAUAAUUAAGGAGUUUUGGCUCGGAGAACUGCAACAUCAUUGCUGAGGGAGGUCCAACUUGAUCCUUGAAUGGCCAUCUCAUGCCCUUGCAAUUUGUCAGUUCCCAGGACUGAAAGUUACCAUCUUCCUUUAGGCUGUGCACCCCAGUAAAUAGGGGCUUGUUGGUGGGUUGCCAAUGUAUGUGGUUGUUUAUCUGCAAGUUUAUUUUCUGCUAUUUCAUGGUCAAAACUCUGACCUUGAGGUUGGGUCUUGCUUGUAAAAAAUUGCUUGGUUCGGGACUUGCCUAGGUAAAAGAUAAUUUAUACUGUGUGGGUUACUCCCAAAAUUCUCCUUUUGUCACAAUCCUCAAUACCAAAUAAUGUCCAUUUCAAUUGGGCUGCAAAAACAUUUCAGCUGUUGCCCACUUUUGUGUCCAAAAUUAAGAGCCAAAUCAGCCCGUUUUGGGCUUAACAUGCAGUUUCUUGCUCUCCACUUUUUAGAGCCAAAAGCUGAACAUAAUAGAAGAUACCUUAUAUGGAUGUUCAUCUUGGGUUGGUCAGGGGCGUUGAGUCAAAAUUGUACAAAUAUAUGCCCACCAACCGGUUGAAAGAUCUUUGAUUAUAUAUCAUCCUGCAUCUUUUUAACAUUUGUAAAAUGCUAAUAUUCUAAAUGUUGACUUCAACUUGCGUCCAGAGGAAUGAAGUGGUUGGUGGGGCAGGUGAACUAGUCCAAGUUCAAUAGUUGUUGUCUCUAGAUCUUAUUUCACUAAUGGCGGUUUCAAAUUCGAAAGACUCCUUUGCUGAUUCAAAUCUCUCUCCACCAAAUUCAUAUGGAGCUGUUGUUCUGGGCGGAACUUUUGAUAGAUUACACGACGGCCAUCGCUUUUUUCUCAAGGCAUCGGCUGAGCUUGCAAGGGAUCGUAUUGUCAUUGGGGUUUGUGAUGGACCGAUGUUGAGUAAAAAACAGUUUGCUGGUCUAAUAGAACCGAUUGAGAAAAGGAUGCAUAGUGUUGAAGAGUAUAUUAAGUCUAUCAAACCAGAGCUAGUAGUGCAACUUGAACCGAUUAUUGACCCCUAUGGUCCUUCAAUCAUUGAUGAAAAUUUGGAGGCUAUUGUUGUCAGCAAGGAGACUUUACCUGGGGGACUAUCAGUAAAUAAGAAGAGAGCUGAGAAAGGGCUCUCACAACUAAAGGUUGAAGUUGUUGAUAUCCUCCCUGAGGACGUGACAGGAGAAAAACUGAGUUCCACAGCAUUGAGGAGACUUGAGGCUGAGAGCACGGUGGAUAGCGUUUAGUUGAACAAUGUUUGAUGGAAUAAAAUAAAAUUUAGAAGCAGCAAAUUUGGGUCCCAACAGACAAUUUGUAUGUGUUAUAAGGCAGAAUUGAGGCAAGCUGUCAACUUUAGGAAGGAUUAAUUUUAAUGGGCAUUUGACUUAUGUCA